AUGUACAUCCAACGACAGCGAAAGAAUCUCAACCCAUGUCUCUCCUUCUCCCGUCAUGAUUCAAAGGUCCUGAAGAACUCAUUGCGAAAACUCCGUUUCAGCAAACGCAUACAAAUUCUGUACAAACUUUUGUUACACGGACUGCCAGUCUUCUAUAAAAUGGAUAGUAUCCAGGACUGCAUCGCGCAAGCCGUUCUAGCAACACCACUCCGCGUACCAAAAUCUUGCAACCCGUGGGAGAUCCACCCUGAUCCGUUCCCAGAUCAUCUAUUUCCUCAACUCCGAUCCCUCAAACGAGCAAUCGCCAAGCAACAGAGAAUCAAGCAGAUGGAACCGAUGAAUUGGCAAGCCGGCAUUCGGCCAGACCGUCCUUUCGAGCCGCUGCAGAACAACUUCUUCUCACAACCACGCCCUCAACCUCCACCGCCUCCUCAACAACCUCAUAGCCAACGGCAAAUACCAACGCAAUACUACCUGGAGCAAGCCGCCUUCUACGCGGAGAACUUCGGUCCCGAUCCUUACGCAACCGAACCAGAGAUUAUCCAGCCUGGUCCCCUCAAAGUCCUCGUCGUCAGAUUCAUCACAAUCUUCAGGAAAGCCGCCGUCCCAGGCUUGAACAUCCUCGCUUCCUUGGUCUUCGGACUAACUGUUCUCGGCCGGCUCCUUUCGUCUUGGGCCUUGCGGUUCCCGCUCAAGAAAAUCUGCACCUUCGUGGCAAACUUGGAGUGGGAGGCUCUUGUUGCUAUGGCGCUGGCGACCCAGUGUGUCAAGCUUUUGCCGGGGAUGGGUGGAGAGGUGGUGACGGACGGCCGAGAGGGAGGUGGCCCUGUGUAUACCAUCUUUGUUGGGAGGGGACAAGCCAUUGGCAAUGGACCGGUCAUGCCGGGGAGUUUUUAA